GGAGCAGCUUAUUUGAUGGUCAUUGCUGGAAAUCCAACUUAUUAGUCCGCCGAGUGUCGAUCCGUGCGGUAACGGUUCUCGAGGAUCUGGCGUUCCUUCCUGUGGUGGUGGUGGUGGUGUCCGAAACUCCUGUUGAGAGUUUUUUUUAAAGUGGCGUGAGUCGUGCCGGUUGCGCAAUCAGUGCGCGGUGAAUGUGCGAAAGUGCAAAACUUAGUCCCCCUGAUCAGUGAUAUUUGGUGGUUGUGUGGCAGGUGAAAGGAAGACUACCCCGGAAGUGAUCCGGUGCGUUUCAUCAAGGACGCUCAAGCGUAAAACGCGAUCAAAAUGACACGGGGCAAUGCUGGUCUCGAGUAUUUGAUGACACUUGGAUAUACCUUGGUGCUGGUAACGGUUGGAAUUAUGAUUUGGGCGUCACUGGCCGAAGCUCGAGAGAUUGAUGUGUCUCAGCAUCCACCGUGUUUCUUCAAUGCACUCUGCAGUUGUUCGAAAAGUGCGCCAGACCUUGGUGUGGUAGACUGUCGGAAUGUACACUUCCCGGCAAUACCGAAAGUGAUCAACAGUUCGAAACUGUUCAUGCUGCGUAUGGAGAAUACCGGUCUCCGUGAAAUAGACCCUUACUUCUUCCAGGCUACCGGUUUGUACAAGCUACACAUUUCGAGAAAUCCUAUCGCCAAAAUCCACGAUGAAACAUUCUACGGUUUGGAACGGUCACUUUGGGAGCUGACACUCGAAGACAGCCAUCUAGUGGAGGUUCCGUCCAGAGCUAUACGGGAUCUGAAGAAACUGCGCUUCCUCAAUUUGCGAGGAAACGACAUUACUGCCAUUGAGACCGGUGCUUUUCGGGGGUUGGAGAAAUCUCUACAAACGCUUAUUCUCGCGGAUAACUCAAUAUCUCUAGUGUUACCUGGCAGUGUCAGUGGUUUACCAAAUUUGGAUAGCAUUGACCUUAGCGGGAAUAACCUCGCCCACAUAGAUCCUACUGCGUUCAAGGACGGUCUUGGUAAAUUAUCGAAAGUGUUUCUUGGCAAUAACCUGCUGAGUCAUAUACCAUACGGAGCGUUGCAACCACUGCGCCUGCUACGUGUUCUAGAUCUUUCGCACAACCUUAUUCGAACGAUGAGCCCCGACGAAGCUGACGCCAAAAUAAGCUUCAAACUGACACUGGACGUGCUACAGUUGCAGUACAACUCGAUCGAACAAAUCCCGUCUAUAUCCUUCAGUUUCUUUGACACGAUAAACUCCACUUUUCUGGAUGGCAACCCAAUCAACCACAUUGAAGAUAACGCAUUUCGUCAAGCAAAAAUACGGGAGUUGUACAUUCGAAAUUGUGGGUUGGAUUUUAUCUCACCCGAAGCCUUCUCCGGUUUGGAAAGCUCGCUUCAAGUUCUUGAUCUGACCGGAAAUAACUUGACUCACUUGGCCGACAAUUUGUUUCAAGGUUUCGACAAUUUGAGAUUCCUCAGCAUCAAGGAUAACCUAAUAAAGCAGCUUGACCAACGGAACGCUUCCCCGUUUGCCGGCGUUAAUCUCUUUCGACUUGACACGACCGGAAACCAAAACAAACCCUUCACGCUGAAGCAACUGUCGGUGAUGAAGAACUUGCGCUCUGUAGCCAUAUCGCAUCUCCCAACCGUUUCUCUCAGUCCGGAAGAUUUCGCUGGUUUUAGUCCGGAUCUCGAAGAGCUGAAAAUAACCCGCGCUGGUGUUCAAUCUAUCAAAAAUCAUGCUUUCACAAAUCUUCACGGCAUGAAACGCCUUGAUCUGAGCGAAAACCGCAUCGGUAGUAUAGAGCCGAUGGCCUUCGCCGAGAUUGGGCAUUCGUUGUGUUCGCUAAGGAUGUCUCACGGUUUGGGUGCACAAAUGGCACAGCUACCGCAGGAAGCGUUUCGACAGCUGGUGGCAUUGGAAGCCUUGGAUCUAAGCAAUAACAAAUUAAGAACUCUUAGCGACAGUAGUUUUCACUUUAUGAAAAAUAUUGUGAGCUUGGAACUGCACGACAAUCAGAUCGAAAGUUUGCCGAAAGGAAUCUUCCAAUCCGAUAUCCAUCGGAAGCUAGCCGUAGUUUCGUUGAGGUACAACAGUUUGAAACAGUUGCAAACGCAUUCGUUUGUGGAUUUGGAAGAGCUGGAUUCUAUCUAUCUGGAUGAUAACCGGAUAGAAACUAUCGAGCGGCGAGCUUUCAUGAACUUGGAUAGUUUGAAGCUUCUCAAUCUCCGGGGGAACAAGCUGAGCAAGAUUUCGACGGAGGCAUUUCAGAACCUGCCGGGAUUAGAGAAGCUCGAUUUGGCGUACAAUUCACUGCAAUCAUUCGACUUUGAAUAUUUCGACCAGGUCGGUUCAUUGGCAUCGUUGGAAAUCGAUGUAAGCCAUAAUCGAAUUAGAGCGCUCGGCGAGCUACCGGAGCUAAACAUUAGCGAUUUCUCAACGUUGCCCGUGGCAGCAGCAAACAACGCUCGCGAUCAUGGUUUUGCGCAUACAAACAUCAAAUCGUUGAACCUGUCUAGCAACAACAUUACGAAGAUUGUAGAUGGUUACUUCAAACCGACGGAGCUAUCUCUAAUGAGACUAUCGUUGGCUAAAAAUCGUCUGAACAGUACAACUCGUGAGCUGCUUGGAAAUAUGCCACACUUACAAUGGCUGGACUUGGAUGGAAAUCUUAUUAGCGAGAUUGACUAUGAUACAUUCAGGUACACGAAGAAACUGCAAGUCCUGAAAAUGUCCAAUAAUAUGAUAUCAGAAAUUCCAUCGGAACUGUUUCGAAACGUUCGGAGUCUUCGGAUACUGGAGAUGGCACGCAACAAUCUAAAGUCCCUACCGGACAAUCUCAUUUUGGAAGAAGGAUUGGAGUAUCUGAAUUUAUCUCACAAUCAGUUUAGCAAAAUACCAAUCACUUCACUUUCGAACCUAGCAGCGCUGACUCUAUGCGAAUUCGAUUUGAGUCAUAAUCAGAUUACAGCGAUUCAUAGUGUAGAUUUGUCCAACAAAUUCAGAUCACUUUCCAUGUUAAACCUAUCGCACAACCGGCUGGUUCGGUUGGAAGAUGCUACUUUCGCUACCGUGCCCCGACUAUCACUGCUCGAUCUUUCGCAUAACAGUGAAAUGGAGUUUAUGGGCAAAGCGUUCUUAGGGCUCGAAAACAGCCUUAUCGAACUUCGUUUGGCAAACGUUUCGCUUGAAUCCGUACCCGAGCUGGCAAAUCCGUCUCUUCGUAUACUGAAGGUUUCGCACAACAAUCUACCAUCAGUUCCACCAGAGCUGGCCGCUAACAUGUCGUCGCUGCGAGAGCUUGAUCUCUCGGAUAACGAUCUCUACCACGUUCCGCUAAUCACACAUGCACUGCCGAAUCUGAGAUCCCUAUCCUUAGCUGGAAACCCAAUAUCAACGCUGACUAAUGCUAGCCUGCUCGGGACUGCGGAAACCUUGGAACAUCUUAAUAUCGCAAACAUAAAUUUGGUCAUCUUCGAGAAUGGCCUUUUGUACAAACUACGCUACUUGAGAACACUCCGCAUAUCAACUUACCAAAAUAUACAGAACUUCAACAUACCUCGUAUUCUCGAGAAUUCCAACAAUUUACGAGAACUGUGGAUCGAUGCACCCAAAGCACCGCCAGACCGUUCAGGUUCCAUGGGUUCCACAGCACCGAAAAAACCACAAUUACUAACAAUACCCGCAAGCGACAUGAGACGUGAAAUGGAAGGACAGCUUCCUUUCAAAUUGACACGCAUUACCUUCAGUGGAUCCGGCUUCAACAGCCUCGCAGACAAUGUUCUCAGCGGAAUUCGGUCAUCCAGUUUACAUCUAUCGUUGUUCAACACAUCACUGCCAAGUUUGCCGAACAACUUUUUCAAAAAUAUGGGCAAAAACGUGAGAAAUAUUUCGCUCAAUCUAGAAAACAGUAAUAAGCUGCUGAAAUCGAUGCCGAAUCCUAACACAGCACACUAUUUGCAUCUACCGGAUUACGUGUUUCUUGUAGAUAUGAAAAUAUCCGGACACGCACUGUCUUGCGAUUGUGAAAUCGGAUGGGUAGAAUUUUGGCAACGAAAGCGACGACAAUACAUUUGCCUUGCGCAACCCUGGAUCGAGAACAGUAGCUUCAACAGCUAUUUCAAACACCACCUAUCUCCGGCGGUAUCGCACAGCAGCGACGAUUGCGAAGAAUCAGCGGACGAUCUGCGCGAAACGACCUGCAGCAACAAAAAGGACGAAAGUCUGCUAGAAGUACUGAAAAAAGAUCUGGAAUGCGGUUGGGGCAGUACGGCUUCUCGGCUGGGAAUCGUACCGGCGAUAGCGUUCGUAGCCGUGUUCGUGGUGUUAAUGAUGUGACUUAUGCGGUACCUGUUUAAGAUGUACAGCGAAUUUUACGACUAUCUGGAACGGUUAUAUGGCGGUCCGGAUGUGGUCAAUGGGACAAUGGCUGCCGGUUCGUACGUCAAUGAUACCAGCGACUACGGAAGUGAUUUUGAUCUUGAGUUGGAGGAGCUCGGAGAGCUCUGAUUUUGUUGCUAUUUUUUAUGUUUUUGUUAUGAUUUUACAUUACCCAUUCCUCUAUCAUUUGUUGGUUUAACUGAGAAUAUUUUUAUAGUGCUUAGCUUGUAAGACCAUCGUUUCCACGUGUUCUUGUGAAUUCAAUGUGCCAAGUCAUUAUGGAGUAAACAUUUUGUGAAAAAGAA